AGGCCUGCUUGUCCUAGAUGGACGAAUUGUCGAUGAUACGUGAUUUAACAAUGUCUUCUAUUAAGAUCGACUUGUCACACAGGUUAUAGCACAGUCCAAGACUGUGGGUUAUAUAUUGAAUCGAAGCGGAAUCUGAGUUUAUUUGACAGAUCGAAUCACAGUAUGCUUGUUUAUCUUUAUUUUUAUGUACCUUGAUAUUGUUUUGUUUACUGUUGUGAAUAUGGCGUCGUUGGUGGCAGAUUACAGUUCUACUGGGUCGGAAAGUAGCAGUGAGACAGAUUCAGAAGAAGAUGUCGAAGAAACGAACAAAGGAGGCUGCAGUACUGAGAAGCUUCCUCAUCCUGAGUUUGGCUCUGCUGGCAUAUCCUGCAUGAAGAGUUCUGUGUUCUCUAAUCCCUUUGUAGAGGCAGAAAAUGCAAAGAAAGCCAUUCUUGAGAAACAUGUUAAAAUGACACCAACAAAAGAAGAGAUAACGAUGAUUAAUGGGAAGAAAAUAUGUUGGAAUUUCAGGAAAGGAAGAUGUAGGUUUGGCCACAACUGCAAAUUUGCACAUGAUUCUGAUUUGCCAAAUAUGAAUACAGAAAAUCAGUCUGAAAGUGGUGAUGUAUAUAAUGGUCAGACAGUUGUUUUACAUGACAGUAUUGGAACUGGUGAUUCUGAAAUUGGCAAAUGUAGUGAGAAUUUACUAAGUGUAGUAAGUAAGAAAAAGAGGCCAGGUCUUGCGCAGGAACUUGUUCCUGGAAAGAAGGUACUGAAAUUGUACAAAAAACAAAAAGUUAAGGAUGGUAUUUGGAGUGGUAGCACAGUUGGCAACAAGUGAAAAUGUUUCUAACUGGAAAUGAAUUGCAGUUUUUCUUUUAAUUAUAAAUAUGAACUUCUAAUAUAUACAUUUUAGUUUUAUUAAAUGGUAUUCUACCAACUUAAAAUGUGUUUGAUUUUCCAAAACAGUAUUUCAGUGUAUUUGCAUUUUAAUUUCUUUGAGUAAUCAAAAUCCACUUGGAAAUGAAUGUUAUACAAACAAGGAUUUGCCUGUGUGUGUGUGUGUGUGUGUGUGUGUGUGUGUGUGUGUGUGUGUGUGUGUGUGUGUGUGUGUAAGGCAUCACCUACGAACAAAUCAAUCUUUGGUACUGCAAUGGCAGUACCUUGCCUCCUAGCUGGUGUCCCUGCAACAGAUGUAGAUUCAACACCUGUCCAGUGCAUCCUCUCACUACCACUGACCCCAUUCCUGUCACUGGCAUCUCCUGCCUCAUUAAAGGCAAGGCCACCUGUAAGAGCAGCCAUGUGACCUACCAACUUAGCUACAACCACUAUGCUGCAUUUUAAUUGGGCAUGACAACAAACAAGAUUUCUGUCUGCGUGAGUGACACAGAGAGAGGUGGCGCAGUGGUUAGGACACUGGACUCGCAGAAUGACAGUUCAAAUCUGCGACCAGCCAUCCUGAUUUAGAUAUUCUGUGAUUUUCCUAAAUCACUGUCGGCAAAUGCUGAGAUAGUUUCUUUGAAAAGGGCACAACUGAUUUCAUAAUCCAAGUUCGAGAUCUAUCUCUACUGACCUCACUGUAAAUGGAACCUUAAACUCUAACCUUUCUUCCUUCGCAUGAAUGAUCAUGGCCAAACUGUGGCAAAGUGACUACUGUACCACUCAGUUGCUAAACAUGCCACCCAACAUUAUGUGCUUCACUUCAAUAACUGCUUCACAGCCUGUGCCUUUUGGAUUCUUCCUGCUAACAUCAGUUUUUCUAAACUGCACAAAUGGGAACUCUGCCUAGAACAUAUCCUUUGUUCCCAUGAUCCCCCUGGCUUCGACCUUCCUAGCCCCUGUAUUCCAUCUGCCUUUCCUCUUCCCUGCUCCCACUCCAGUAGUACACAUGCCUAUCCACCUGUGUAGUCAUUUCUUCUUCUCCUUCUAUGCCCCCUUUCCUCGUCCCUCUUGGCCCCUCCCCCUCCCCCAGCACUGCCUCUCGAUGCUGCACCUGGCAACUCUUAUCAUGUCCCCAACAUGUUCCUACAUGCUUCCAGAGGCAGCACUAGUAUCUUCCCUCACCUCUAACCUGCUACCGCUCGUCUCACGCCUCUUCCGUACCCCCACUGCUCAGAUUCAGUUACAUUUGAGCCUUAGUGCCUGGAGACAAUGGCAGUGAGUUAGUCUUGUGUGUGUGUGGUUUCUAUUUGUGAAGAAGGAUGAUUUCCCAAAGCUGAAAUAUUUCCAUCAUUCUUUUUCAUUGUGCCUGUCUGCAACAUGGUAUCUCCUGUUUGUGGUGAGUAGCAGUAUGUCCUUUCCAUGUUAUCGGUAAUAAUUGCAUUAUUUUUGGAAGUCAACGAUAACAGCAGUGUAUUGCUCAGGGAAACUGCUUAACUAAGGAAAGGGCUUUCUCAAUGCUCUUGCCGUUGCUAAUGUUCUAGCUGUGAUGCAUCAUAUAAGCCACAUUCUCUGUGACAUGCUGCCAUUCAGAGGCAAAAUGUACACUGGCUACCUCAUCUUGUGCAAUUUGCAUAUACUGUGUAAAUGGUUUUGCCUGCUGCGUUACUAUGACAAACUAAACUGUAGCAAUACAGUUCAUUGGAGAUGCAGUGCCAUCAUUAUUUGUGCUUUCUGUAUAAUAAAGUGUGUAUUCAAUAAACUGUAGUUUUCACAACUUUGAAACCAGUAAUCAGGUUACACCAACUUCACAUAUGCAUUAUAAAAUGUACUAUAGACCUGCCACUACUCAGAUUCCAUUAAUUAAAGCUGCUUUUACAGAUGAUGUGAAAAUGGAGUAUAGGGUGACCACGGAUUUGGACAAAGACAGGGUUUCCACUUAAAGGAAUCAUGUGGGAUGUGCUCAUUGACAACACCUGCAACUACAGUGCUCUAAAGCAGAAGCUGUUGGCUCUCCAGUGUGCACAUUAUACAGAACUUUCUUCUUAGACUUUCUUGAAGUCCCCUUGUUAACUUCGCUAGUGAUUUUCAAAUAUGCCAAAAGAACACAGAAACCCAAUUUUGGAAAACAGUGGGCUACUAAAUAUACUUAACGUGCACACGAUAAAACUGGUUUCAGAGUUGUUUUUUAACUUGUUUGCCUCGAUAUCCUCCAAGUUAAUCCCAAAGUGUUCAUUUGUACAUAAUCAAUGGAGAUGCACACAGUUAACUACAAAAAAUCAUACCAAAGACAAUGUACUUUUUUUAUAUAGACCACACAUUUUAUUGCAAAAACCUUCAAAUACAGAAUUUAAGCUG